AAAAUCAUUGAAACCAGUACCACUGUACCUCACCGGCUCACCGGCAGUAGUGUCUAAAUAGUAAAUAGACUGCUGCCGUUUGAACAAACAACGCAUAUUACUACCCAAGGCAGAGAGAGAUGCAGCAGAGAAAAACAGGGAAUGGAAGACCAUCUGGCACUGACGGCUCUGAUUUCUCUUACCGCAUGGUCGUCGAUUCCAGAUACAAAAAGGUAGCCAAAGCAAAGUCUCGUCUCUCUUUCUUCAUCUUUUCUCAGGCUGUUGUUCAGUUGUUAGGAGCAUUGCUGUUAUUCUAUUCAUAUUCCAAGGAUGGAAGUACUGAUCAGCUAGCUGUGUCAGCCACCGCGAUUUCUUUCUUUUCUUUGCUAUUUGGGGAAAUAGGACGGAAGCGGAGUCGAGUAAACAUGUUAAAGUUUUACAUCGUGUGCUCCUCGCUGGGAAUGUUGCUUUCAAUUGUUAGUGUUCUGAAGAGUAAUAUUUUACAAGAGAUUGUCCAGGAUUCCACUGUCUGGGAAGCGAAGAAAUUUGAACUUAUCGGUGUUGGUGAUGUCUUAGUUGGUUUGCUGGUACAGAUAUUGUCUAUCAGCACGACGACAUCUUUAAUUAGUAAUAUGUCUCCUCCUAAGAGAGCUUCUUAAGUAUUGUUGUAACCUUAUUUACUUCAAAUUUCUCACCAGGCUAUACAAAACAAGUACUUCCUUUCUCCUAAUUGUUUGAAAAAGGUCUCUCUUUUUUUUUUUUUCAAGAUUUGACAUUGGAUCUCAGAUUACUUUAUUUCGUCAAACCAUAUCGUAUGCUGGUUUCCUACACAGCUUCUUUUGCAGCAGUUUGGGAUCCUUGUACACUUUGAAUGAUGCAUGAUUUUUUACUGUUGAUGAUUAUGACUUAAA